GACCCACCCCAUCAAAGUGACACAAGAACUAUUUACGUAGCCAACAGAUUUCCUCAGAAUGGCCUUUAUACACCUCAGAAAUUUAUAGAUAAUCGGAUAAUUUCAUCUAAGUAUACUGUGUGGAAUUUUGUUCCAAAAAAUUUAUUUGAACAAUUCAGAAGAGUGGCAAACUUUUAUUUUCUUAUUAUAUUUUUGGUUCAGCUUAUGAUUGAUACACCUACCAGUCCGAUUACCAGUGGACUUCCAUUAUUCUUUGUGAUAACAGUAACCGCCAUAAAGCAGGGAUAUGAAGAUUGGUUACGACACAACUCGGAUAAUGAAGUAAAUGGAGCUCCUGUUUAUGUUGUUAGAAGUGGUGGCCUUGUGAAAACUAGAUCAAAAAACAUUCGGGUGGGUGAUAUUGUUCGAAUAGCCAAAGAUGAAAUCUUCCCUGCAGACCUGGUGCUUCUCUCCUCAGAUCGACUUGAUGGUUCAUGUCAUGUUACAACCGCUAGUUUGGAUGGAGAAACAAACCUAAAGACACAUGUUGCAGUUCCAGAAACAGCAGUAUUACAAACAGUUGCCAAUUUGGACAGUCUUAUAGCUGUAAUAGAAUGCCAGCAGCCAGAAGCAGAUUUGUACAGAUUCAUGGGACGAAUGAUAAUAACUCAUCAAAUGGAAGAAAUUGUAAGGCCUCUGGGCCCAGAGAGUCUUUUACUUCGUGGAGCCAGACUAAAAAACACCAAAGAAAUUUUUGGUGUUGCUGUUUAUACUGGAAUGGAAACUAAGAUGGCAUUAAAUUACAAGAGUAAGUCACAGAAAAGAUCUGCUGUCGAAAAAUCAAUGAACACAUUUUUGAUAAUUUAUCUGAUAAUCCUUAUUUCUGAAGCCAUCAUCAGUACUAUUUUGAAAUAUACAUGGCAGGCUGAAGAAAAAUGGGAUGAACCUUGGUAUAACCAAAAAACAGAGCAUCAGAGAAAUAGUAGUAAGAUUCUGAAAUUUAUUUCUGAUUUCCUUGCCUUUUUGGUACUGUAUAAUUUCAUCAUUCCAAUUUCAUUAUAUGUGACAGUUGAAAUGCAGAAAUUUCUUGGGUCAUUUUUUAUUGGCUGGGAUCUUGAUCUCUAUCAUGAGGAAUCAGAUCAGAAAGCUCAAGUCAAUACUUCUGACCUGAAUGAAGAACUUGGACAGGUGGACUAUGUGUUUACAGAUAAGACUGGAACACUGACAGAAAAUGAGAUGCAGUUCCGGGAAUGUUCAAUUAAUGGCAUAAAAUACCAAGAAAUCAAUGGGAGACUUGUCCCUGAAGGACCAACACCUGACUCUUCAGAAGGAAACUUAUCCUAUCUUAGUGGGUUAUCCCACCUUAGCAACUUAGCCCAUCUGACAAGCAGUUCAUCUUUUAGAACCAGUCCUGAAAAUGAAAAUGAACUACUUAAAGGACAUGAUCUCUUCUUCAAAGCAGUCAGUCUCUGCCACACUGUGCAGAUCAGCAAUGUUCAAAGUGACGGCAUUGGUGAUGGUCCCUGGCAGUCCAGCCUGGCAUCCUCCCAGUUGGAGUACUACGCCUCUUCCCCUGACGAGAAGGCUCUAGUGGAAGCUGCCGCAAGAAUUGGCAUUGUAUUUAUUGGCAAUUCUGAAGAAAUAAUGGAAAUUAAAAUACUUGGAAAACUGGAACGAUACAGACUGCUUCAUGUUCUGGAAUUCGAUUCAGAUCGUAGGAGAAUGAGUGUAAUUGUUCAAGCAUGUUCAGGUGAGAAGCUCUUAUUUGCUAAAGGAGCAGAAUCAUCAAUUCUCCCUAAAUGCAUAGGUGGAGAAAUAGAAAAAACCAGAGUUCAUGUAGAUGAAUUCGCGUUGAAAGGGUUAAGAACUCUGUGUAUAGCUUAUAGACAGUUUACACCGAAAGAGUAUGAAGAAGUAGACAGGCGCCUUUUUGAAGCCAGGACUGCCUUGCAGCAGCGGGAAGAGAAACUGGCUGAAGCUUUCCAGUUCAUAGAAAAGGAUCUGAUACUACUUGGGGCUACAGCAGUAGAAGACAGACUACAAGAUAAAGUUAGAGAAACUAUUGAAGCAUUGAGGAUGGCUGGUAUCAAAGUAUGGGUGCUUACUGGAGAUAAAUAUGAAACUGCUGUUAGUGUGAGUUUGUCAUGUGGACAUUUUCAUAGAACUAUGAACAUCCUUGAACUUAUUCACCAGAAGUCAGACAGUGAAUGUGCUGAACAGUUGAGGCAGCUUGCCAGAAGAAUUAAAGAGGAUCAUGUCAUUCAGCAUGGGUUGGUAGUGGAUGGGACCAGCCUGUCUCUUGCACUCAGGGAGCAUGAAAAGCUAUUUAUGGAAGUUUGCAGAACUUGUUCAGCUGUAUUAUGCUGUCGUAUGGCACCACUGCAGAAAGCAAAAGUAAUUAGACUGAUAAAAAUCUCACCAGAGAAACCCAUAACAUUGGCUGUUGGUGAUGGUGCUAAUGACGUAAGCAUGAUUCAGGAAGCACAUGUUGGCAUAGGAAUCAUGGGUAAAGAAGGAAGACAGGCUGCAAGAAACAGUGACUAUGCAAUAGCUAGAUUUAAAUUCCUCUCCAAACUACUUUUUGUUCAUGGUCAUUUUUAUUAUAUCAGAAUAGCUACCCUUGUACAGUAUUUUUUUUAUAAGAAUGUGUGCUUUAUCACACCUCAGUUUUUAUAUCAGUUCUACUGUUUGUUUUCUCAACAAACACUGUAUGACAGCAUGUACCUGACUUUGUACAAUAUUUGUUUUACUUCCUUACCUGUUCUGAUAUAUAGUCUUUUGGAACAGCAUGUAGACCCUCAUGUAUUACAGAACAAGCCUACUCUCUAUCGGGAUAUUAGUAAAAAUCGUCUUUUAAGCAUUAAAACAUUUCUUUAUUGGACUAUCCUGGGUUUCAGUCAUGCCUUUAUUUUCUUUUUUGGAUCCUAUUUUCUGAUGGGGAAAGAUGAAUCUCUGCUUGGAAAUGGCCAGAUGUUUGGAAACUGGACAUUCGGCACUUUGGUCUUCACAGUCAUGGUUAUUACAGUCACAGUGAAGAUGGCUUUAGAAACUCAUUUUUGGACUUGGAUCAACCACCUUGUUACCUGGGGAUCUAUUAUAUUUUAUUUUAUAUUUUCUUUAUUUUAUAGUGGGAUUCUCUGGCCCUUUCUGAGCUCCCAGAAUAUGUAUUUUGUAUUUAUUCAGCUCCUAUCAAGUGGUUCUGCUUGGUUUGCCAUAAUCCUUAUGGUUGUUACUUGUCUAUUUCUUGAUGUUGUGAAGAAGGUAUUCGACCGACAUCUCCAUCCUACCAAUACUGAAAAGGCUCAGAUGUACUCCAACACAGUCGCUUUCAGUGACGAGUUCAUCGCACUGCAGCCUUUGUCCAGGGCAAGGGAUCACCUGAGCAGACUUAGUUUACUGAAACAAAUGCAAGUGUCAAGUGCUUGGACUCCAUGUGCUGCUUCCCAGGAGAAGCAACAAGCGCGUCUGUUAGAAGAAUGCUGGAGCGAGCCCUAGGCCGGUGCGGCGGCGCCCACCUUAGCAGGUGGGACCUUUCUCUAAGUAGCCUUUGCUGCAGAUGAGCGUCCUGUAAGGCGGAGCAGGACGAGCCUGCAGCUUAGGUGCGCAGUAAAUCAGCAGCUGGUUUUACCAGCCUGAAGUGGAAAGUCUAUUUGUUAGUGCUCUGACCAUAGAUUUCACUGUGUGGCUUUGGGUGGGGCGCUUUCACACACAAAGGAAGAAAAGGCACCUUUGAACAGAGACUUCAUACAGUGGAUAAAAAGUCCUAUUUUAUAGUCAUUCUAAAAUGUGAAUAGGAGUGUGUAUGUGGUACUUUCUGUUGAUUUGUAUAACAUUCUUUUUAAAAUGAUAUUACUGUUUCAUUUUCUGUUGAGGCUUCCCCCUGCUUUUUGUCUCUACAAAGUAAUCUCUGGGUAAAAUCAGAAGGCUUUGCUUUUCUUACUCUUCAUGUAUAUUUUCUAUCAGUCAUUCAGGGUUAAACACACAAGGCUAUAUUUCUGUCUCCUGCCCCUUUGUAAUGUCUGUAAUUAAGUUAUGGAAUGAAUUAUGAUUUUUAAGUUUCUUUUACUUGGCAUUUAUUGAUAAAUUAUGGCUCAGAAGAAUCUUAGCAUUUUGUCCCCUCCCAAACCUACUUCUGCAGUUAAACUUAGCAUAGCUUCCUUUUAUGAACUAUCACCAAAAAGACAAUUUUUGGUAAAUGCCAUUUAAAAAUCACUUAAAGGUGAAUGGAUUCAUUUCUCCACAUUUGCCCAAGGUGUGUAUCAUUACUAAGGAGAAACUACAGAAUUAGCAGCCACUUUCUCUGCAUUUGGUGUUGGUUAGGUGAAUGGUAUCAUACUCACAGUGUGGAAGCCACACUGCCUGCCCAAGGGCCCUGAAGGGCCACAGCGGGCGCAGUGUAGCGAACCAUUUUCCCCAGAGUGCUGUGUGAGUAGCACCACCUUCUGUGUGUGCCACUGCCUAGAAAAGCUUCAUUCCUUGAGGCAAGGAACAAGGGAUUUAAUCUGUUAAUACAAAAAUUGUUUUAAUGUUUGGUUACCUUUGUGUUUUUAAAGUGAUGGGUAUGAUAUCAUUCAUAUAUUAAAAUUUGGGUAACUUAUGGGUGAACUCAUUGGUUUUUCACUUCACUUUUGGCCAUGUCUUUAUGGUACAAUUAAAUUGAUAAAUAACAUUUUAUGUUAACAUAAUGCCUAGAGUUUCAAUCCCCAUUUAUUCUGAUUUGAUUAUAACAUGUGAUUCAAAAUAUUUCCAUAAUGCUGUGAUAUAAUUUUGACUUAAGUUCAUCCCACAUAAAAGGAUGACUGUGAAUAGUUAAACUAAAUGAGAUUUUGUUAUGUCUUAUACACAGUAUAAAAAAGUAGCUCUUUCAUGUACCUCAGCCAGUGAGCUUCCCAGCCCUGGGCUAUGAUGGCUUAGAAGGAUCUAAACUCACCAUGUUGUUUUAGCUAAUAACACCACUUUCCCACACAGACCAAAAUGGAAAAUAGACUAAGAUACUCUAUAAGAAUUUACAGACUUUUAAAAAUUUCUACUUGCACAUAAACUCUUUAAUGACAGUAUGCAGCUUUGCUAAUGAUUUAAAACCUAGAUUAGUUUUAAAAGAGCCCCAGAUGUUUUCUGCACUACACGUGGACCAGCUCUUGGGUGUGAACCGUGCAGGCUGCACACCCUGUGCCCCGCCCAGCCUCAGUCUGGGUCACCCAGCAAGCCCCGUCCAGGCGCUGGCAGGCUGGCAUGGAAGACUUGAGGGGCUCUGCUGGCUGUUUCUCUUCACUCAAGUGUGCCAUACUCUUUUCUAAGGUGUUUUUCUAACAAAAUGUUUAACUUAGUAAUUAAUAUCACGUUUGACAGAUUAUAAAUGCCUUUGCAGUGUUGUCCAACAUUUCAGGUCAUGGCAUUAGUGACUUUUGUCAUUUUUCUUUUUCUGUAGAUUAAAGUCUUUUGAUAUCAGUUACUGUUAUAAUUUCCUAGGGGAUAAAAUCAUAACAAUAUAUAGAGCUACUUGGUGCUUCUCAAAGGGCUAUAUGAACAUUAUAGUUAAGGUGAAAUAGUCCUUUUGGUAUGUAGUCCUGAUUUUGUUUUCUGCAGAAAAUUAUCUUUCUAAAGUGUGUUUGGCAUUUCCAUUUUGAUUGUCGAGCAGCCUCUAUCCUGCAUUUCCGUUUCAUGUCUUAAGUUGAGGAUGGGACGAUCUGAGGCCUCCAUGACAUGACGUAGAAGCGCUUGGCUGCUUGUUCUUUGACAUACAGAAGUAACGCACAUCACUUGAGAAAUAAAACAGGGAUUAUAUAUG